AUACACACCUCUUCCAGUAGCACUAUUUCUACUAUAUCAGAAAUUAUUUCUUAUUACUGGCAACAUUCAGUUUUAGGCUGGUCUCGUAAUCCGUGUGUGACUUUUACGUUUAUUUUUUUAAUUUCUGUGCGAAAUUAUAAAAUGUAUACUGUCUCAAAAGGUCCUAGCAAGAUAGUCGCCAAAACCCGGAGAGGCCUUUCACAGAAUUUAGAAAGAUUGGAUAGCCGUAAAGAUCAUAACAGGAAAUCUUCUGAAUCCGACAAUGGAGAAAUCAUCAACAUGCCUAAACCAGUAUUUCAUUCCAAUGGCAAAAAGACAGUACAUCAGAGAAUACAACAUCAUGUGAUUACACCACAACAUGAAGAAAUUAUUAGAUACAUAAGUGAAACCUGGACACAAACAGCUUAUGGAGAAAGUGAACCAACAACUCCCACUAGUACAAUUGCAUCAGGAUCAGGUAGUUCAUCACCAGCUCCACCAUCAAAUCUCUACUACCAGGAUGAGACACCGAGCCCAGUGUUGCGGGACUUCAAGCCCUUCGACUUGGAGACGUGGUGGGGCAAGAGACUGUUCCAGAAUAUCACUAACUCGCUUUGAAACAAUGAAUGACUGACAGUGCUCAUGGGAACAUAAGAGUUUGCAGUAGCGUAAGUCACAAUCAUCUGCAGUUUACUAAAUUUUGUAAAAUAACCAAAAAAAUCAUUAUUAAAAACUUUUAUACACAGUAAAAAAAUGUAAUAUUAACUUGAUAAUUAUUGUCUCAUGGCAGAUGCGUUACGAUGAAGGUGUAAUGCUUAACUUUUAACAAUAUUUUGUAGGAAUUGUACGACUAAAUAAAUCGGAAAUAAAUUGAUGCAUGAGAACAAAAACAUAGAAAAAGCACAGAAAGAAUUUAGUAAUCUACAGUUAAUUGUGGAUCUCAAUUUCAUAUCUUAAGUGAAAAUUUCUGAACGCUCAAAAUCUUUUUGCAGCUAAAAAUCUGUGUUAAUGUAAUGCAAACCAAUAUUCUUUAAGAUUGUUGUGUUUUAAAAACUUUUAGGAUUUUGUUGCUGAAUAAAGUGUUAUUUUUAAAACAACUGCAAUUUAACAAAUAUUGAAACCAAAGAGAACUCCACAAAAAAGAAUUUACAUAGUAUUUAGUUGCUAAAUCAUGGGAAUUUGUUAUCAUACAUAGAGUUUUUUAUUUAUCAUGUUACAGCUUUAUUGUUAAAUCGCAUUCUACCAUGAAUGUGUGAAGAUCCAAAGAUAUAUUGGCAACUUUUUAAAAUAGUUCAGUGAUAAAAAUUUAAAUCAAUUCGAUAUUCAUAGAAAAUCAUUAGUCACAAAAAAUAUUUUACAGGAUGCUUUAAAUUCAUGAACCCUUCAAUAUAUUUUAUGCAGUUAAAUUUCAUUUUUAUUCAUUCAUUUUGUACAGAAUUUUAUUUGUUACGUUUUUACUCUUUUAAAUUAAUAACAAAAAAUUUCACAAAAACAUCACAAAUAUUGUCAGAUUUUACAAAAUAAGAUUGUGCACUUUUUAAAAAAUAAAUAUAAAAGGGAACUUUAUCCAUAGUAUUUUUCAUAAAUGUACUUAAACAAAUCUGGCAGCAUUCAUAUUGAUUAUUUUCUUUCAAAAUAAAUUAUUUGAAAAAUUGAAUAUAAUGAAAUUAAAUAAAAUUUUACUAUAAAAUAAAAUCCCCAAUAUCUUUGUAUUGGUCUCUUUUACAUGAGCAUUUUUAUACAAGAAAGUAUGCGUUAUUGUUAUUCAAUACAUUUACAUGAAACUUAGUUACACUGCUGAGUAAGUUCUACACAAUGUCUAAAGUUUGAAUUUGUUUUUUAUCACGAAUCCCCCAAAUUAAAUGUUCCACCGAUCUUCAUGUUAGUAGCAUUAAUAAUGAUAAAUUGUCACCCAGGUGCCUAUAUAAAAGCAACAUAUGUUUAGUUGACUCAACUUAAUGAUAAGUUAUUGCCACUAUGUGCAUUUUUAUUUGAAAAAAAAAUAUAACGCCCGUUUAACUAAAGCUUUGUUGUUGAAUAUUAAAUAUUGUAUCGCCUUGUUGAACUCUUUCUUAAAGCUUACAACUAACAAGCUGAGAUGUCUUCCAGAUGUUAUAAAUUAAAAUAGGAAUCUAAUUGUUAUUAUGAUGAAUGGAAGAUCUAACGAUCUCCCUUGACAAUCUAUUCAUGUAUUUUGUCAUUUUUAUUGAUAAAUUAUGAUAAAAAAUCUGAAGAAAACAUGCAGAAUCAUGUUCAUGAUAUAAACAUUAAUUAGUUGCAUAAACGCUCUUAACAGUCACAAAACGCAAAUUUGCAAAUGCCAACGCAUAUAUGAAUGAAAUGCAAUGUCUAUUACAUUAUAAAAAAUUUGCUAUUUAAUUUUGUUAAUUUUAUGUACAUGUCUAAAAUGAAUUUUAAAGCUUUUGAAAGGCCUAAAUAUUUUGUUUGUAUCUUCAAAUAAAAAGCGAAUUUUAUUUGUACAGUUUUGAGCACGAACAUUAGUUCUGAUUGGUUAUGGAGAGAUUAUAUUCUGAAAUCGUUAACGCUGACUCUGAAAAUUAAACAGCAGCACUUUUAAAAGACAUUGGUCUAACACAACUAUAAUGAGAAAUAUUGAGUAAAAAAAUACCAAGUUCCUUUUAGAAGUUUUUGUCCUGAGAAAAUUAGAAUUGUUCUUUUAAUAUUUGUUUUUAAUUUUUAAUACAAUUAAAUUAUUCAAUCCCAAAUAUACAACCGAUUUCGGAAUAUACAUUUCUCAUGUGAUCAUGUCUCAUGAUUCGUACAAAUCUUUGGAAUAUUGGUUAUGUUUCCAUCAAAUGGCAUAAAAUCGCAAUAUGUCAUAAUUUUAUUGUUAUAAUUUUUCACCGAAUUUGUACAUUACAUUGCUAUUUACAUAGCCUAGUACGUUGGAAAACGAAACUCACCUUUUUUAAAAGGUGAGAAAGUAUAACUUGGAAUGUACUGGAUUAUUUAAAAGCAAUGAUGAUGUGCAAAGUUGGUAUAACGCGAUAAUAAAACAGUGUUACUUUUUGCAUUAAGCAAUAAACACACGAAAUGUAGUAUAGUUUUUAUCCUUUUAGAUGGAAUAUUUGAUUAUAGUAGUGUGAUAACGCAGGAGAAUAUUUUUAGACUGAUUUAGUUUUAAAAGUUAUGCUUUUUGUUGUAGUUGAAUAAACCGUCUGACAAAGAACAUUAUUUUGUUUUUGUUUUUGAUAUAGUGAAAACUGCGCAUUGGGCGUUUUAAGAUGGGUAAACCAUUAAACUUGCGCUACUGUUACCUAUUAUACAAUACUGACACCUCUAAUAAUAAGUGUGGUUAAUAGGGAAGCCCAAGCGGGUUUUGGUACUGAAGCGCAGCAGAAUAACAUAAGGGGUCACACUGACAUUUUAGAGACAAAAUAGGCUUGAUACUUUAAAUUAACAGAUUAAUCUGUUACAUUAAAACCAUCUUUAAAAGGGAGAAAGUACUCAAAACUGCUAUAUUUAGGGUUCCGUACCACAAAAGGAAAAAACGGAACCCUUAUAGGAUCACUUUGUUGUCCGUCCGUCCGUGCGUUCGUCCGUUCGUCCGUCUAUCAAGACCGCUUUUCUCAGGAACGCGUGGAGGUAUCAAACUGAAAUUCAUAUCUAAUACUCAGGUCUACUGUCCCUUGGAGCUGUGAAGAAAUCAAACUUCUAAGCCAAAACAAUCAAAAGAUACAGCCGUUUAUGCCGCAAAUUUUCGAAACUCGCACGAGAAUCAAAACCUACAGGGUACAUUCCGUGAACUUAGAAUCUUGAAAUUUGGUACGAAGCAACUUCUUAUAGUACAGGUAAAGGAAAAAUUGCGAAAACCGUAAAUUUUUAGUUACAUCAUAUAAUAAAAAUUAUUUUGUAAUAAUUAUAAAAAAAAAAUAUACCUACAGGUUUGUACGGAACCCUCCUCGGCACUUGGCC